AUGAGCGCGCUCGCAGCUCGCAAGGCACGAGAGGAGGCGCAGGCAGCAAGAAGCGGCACCACGAGAGCUUCCGCUUCCGCCUCGGAGAAUCUUCCAGCCGCUUCCACAUCUCGCUCAGCUCCCAGUCACACGGAAGAAGGCGAUGUCAGUAUCGAGGUGGUGAUUCCAUUGCCAUCCACAUCCCAAGCAGCGGCUGCUUCGCGCUCCACUACCUCAUCUUCCUCCAUCGACAGAACGCCUUCCUCUGCUCUCAAGCGUCCGCGCAGAUCGUCUCUUGUGCAGGAUGGCUCAUCCAUCGCCGCCACAAGACCAAGGAGGAACUCGAGCGUGGCCAGCGUAGAGCCGCAAUCCCAAGCUACGCUCAGCAGAUCUACCAAGGGCAAAGUACCACAGGUCACUCCCAGUCGCAGCAGCGCCAACAAGCCGCCUUUAACCAAAUCCACGCCCGUCUCUGCCAAGAAGAAGGCCAAGCAUUCACGUAGUUCAAUGGACGACCAAAGUGAUCAAGACGAUGAGCUGGAUCGAGACAUUGAAAAGAUCGUUGCCGACUUUCACCGCGAGGCUUCCACCUCCGAAUUCAAGUCAUCCGAGCCGGAACAGCCACCGCCCAAGAAGCGAGCAAAACAGCCGACCGGCACACCUUAUAAGCGCACUCCAACUGAACCUGCUCCAGCCGACAAGACAGCACCUCGCAAAACUUCCCGGAAAAAGACAGCUCUGAAGCAAGUGGAACUCCAAGAGCUGAGCGCCUCGACGACCAAGUCCGAGCAGCCGGUCAAGAGAAAGCUCACAGAUGAGCAAAAGCGCCUCAGCAUCUCAAGGCGUUAUUUUGCCGCCGCUCAAAAACACACAGCGAAGGAUCAUGUCGGUACGUCGUCAAUGCCAAUCGAGGAUCGAGCCACGGGAUUCCUUGCAUUCGGAGUAGACGAUGAUGAAGACGACGAACCCGUACAAGUCAAUGGUGUUCAAGACGAUGCUCAGAGCCAAGACCAAAUCUCCGACGACUCCUCGGACGACGAGCAGCAGCAGGCUCAACAAGCUGCAAGCAACCCCGCUCCGGGUCUCAUCAACGGAAGCAAGCAUCGUGCAAAUGGCAAAAGCAGGGGUCGUGAGACAAGGUCAUCACACACAGCCACCAAAAUCGUUCUUGACGACGACGAUGAUGAUGAUGAUGAAGAACAAGACGACGAGGCCGGGACUGAUAACGACGAUGACGGAGCAGCUUCACCGAAACCCACAACACUAACUCGUGCUGCGCUAUUGGAUGCAGUUCCCUACUCCAACUUCACUCCUGUACUCGAAGGCGAGGCCAGGAACGCCAUCGUCGUCGAGAACAAGCGCAAGCGAGGCAAGGAGGCGCUCUACUUCGGACUGCGUAUCGGACAGACACUCGUCUUUCUUGGAGUCGGUCAUGUCGAGGUCCUCCAAGGCGUUGCUCAGCUCGGAGGUGCCGUCAUCUCUGCAUCAGCACAGGGCCUUAAAUCUGCCAACAUCUUUGCACCCAUCACCAACCCGCUUCCGGUUCUCAAGUCAACCUCAGCGUCGUCAUAUCCCGGCCACAACUUCGCAUCAAGUAGCUCUCGUAGCAGCAGCAGCAACAGCGCCGACAACACCAGCGACACCAACAUCGAUACUCUGUUUGACGCUACAUUCGACACAAUCGUCAAAGUCACACCGCUCGCGUCUCCCAUCACAGCUCUAGGUCAGGUCUGCCCGAUCGGCGGCCUCGCCACGCCCUUCAUUGCGCCUCCAAGUCUGGAGCUCAGCAACGAGGUCUAUCAGCUCGCCGGAAUCAAGGUGCUGUUUGCGCCCACCACUCAAGAGCUGGUGCAGAGACCGAGGGCCUUGCUUGGAGACGGCAGAUUCUCCACGGUGGGCCUCAGCGCCACCUACAUCCCUCACAAGUGGCAAUUGGCCUUGCACCACCUCUCCAGAUCAGCCAUGUCUGCUGCCCAGCACCCUCAGGAGGAGUCCGUCGUGGCUCUCGUCCGAGGCAACAAGAAGGUCGGAAAGAGCACCUUGAGCCGCAUGGCUCUUGAGAGGCUUUUGUCGAUGGGCAAAGCGGUGGGUGGCCGAGUCGCAUACCUCGAACUCGAUCUUGGUCAGAGCGAUUUCGGACCCCCGGGAAUGGUCGCUCUGCAUGUCUUGACUCUCACCGACAAUAGCUGCGCCAAGGCAGCCCGAGAGGAAGUUGAUCCAAUCCACCGAAUUGAUUCGACGCGACAGGAAGCAAGUGAGACCGAGAACGCAGAAGCAGUAACAAGCAGCGACUUUUCAGAUGGCGCUCACAGCUCCAUCACGCUUGGUCCUGGUUGGUGUCAGCCGCGUGUGCCGGCGCGCGCCCACUUUGUCGGCGACGUCUCGCCGCGCGAUGAUCCAGAGAGCUAUGUUGCCGCAGUGCUCGACUUGAUCGAAUACUUUCGGGCACAGGUCCAGCCCGGUGAUCCCAACGAGGACGGCGUGUCGCAGCGCGUGCCGCUCGUCAUCAACACGCAGGGCUGGAUCAAGGGUUUGGGAGCUGAUCUCGCUUCUCGCAUCGAGCCCAUGUUGCGACCCACGCACAUCUUUGACGUGAUUCCGCGAGGCUCCCCGGACCCGCUGCCUCCUCCAAUUCGCGGUCAACCUUGGCUGGAUGCGGAAGGCGCCAUCCUUGGUUCUGGACCCGAAAUCGUCACCCUCGAGAGCGUCUCGCAGCUCGAAUUUGUGCAGGGAAGCUUUGGCAACGGCGACAGGCGUACCGCUACCGAUGUCGGCCAGCUCAAUGGUAUGUUGAGGGCAAAUGACGAGGGCCAAGGACCCGGCGAUGGAGGCUCGACGCCACCUCGCUACGUCUCCGAAGUCGGUAGUAGGCUAGCACCUGCCGAAUCUCGACUGCUCAACAUGAUGAGCUACCUCUACGCAACCCAGCUCUCCCCUGGUCGGGCUGACAAUUCUUUUCAAAUUCAAGGCAGCUGGAACUUUAGCGAGCCGCUCGUGCAUCGGCGUCCUCUCGUCGUCGACGUCGCCCAGGGGCUCAAAGCAGGCAUCCGCGUUCUGGCGCUCGGCUCAUCCGUGCCCGACAGCUUGAAGCUCAUGGCUCUCAACUCGUCGAUCGUCGCCAUUGUCGUCAUGGACGCCAGUGUCCAGGUCGCCGAGGCGCAAGAGCAGCACGGGCCGUGGAAGGCAGCCUUCCACCGUGCCGCAGAGAUCGUCUCCUCUGAUCUUGCGUCGUCAUCGCGCUGCGUCGGACUCGGCAUUGUCCGCUCGAUCGACGCUGAAGCGGGUCGUGUCCACCUGCUCACGCCUCUGGAUCCAGCGUUCCUGCACGAGAUUCAAUCGACCACCGGCAUCGGCAUCGGCCUUGUUAAGGGCGCGCUCGAGCUCCCUGUCUGGGCAUCGCUCGAUUUCCAAGCCAUCAAGGAGGCACGCGAGAGCAGACUCGACGUUCCGCCUGCUACGCAUCACUUGACUGUAAACGGCCAAGAGCAGCCUCAACAGCAGCAGCAGCUCCUAGCUGGCAUGCCUAGGAAUCAGGUCCCCUAUCUGGAGUGGCCUCAUUCGAUCCACCCGGCAUCGCGUCAGAAUGGCAGCAACAACACCAACAGCAACGGUGCAGGCGCUUUUCAACUCGGCUCGGAGAAACGUCGCAUCCGACGCAACCUCAUGCGCAAGAGCCAGUUUGUAUGA